UCCCCCCGACUGGGACUACCAGCAGACUUUCCUGCUGCUGGCUGCGGUGACUGCGCUGGGCCUCUCUCUGAACCUGCUAUGGCUGCUGGUUGACGUUGCCCGCCACUGUCGUCGAGCGCGGGGAGAGGAGGCCUCGGCCCGGCGAGAUCUGCUGUCCGACAUGGGGCUGUGUCACAGCCAUCGUCGUCUGCUGCGCCGGCGUUGGCAUUGGUUUCCACGGCAACGGCGAGAUUAACGAUGGGAUGGGCCAGGCCGCGCGUUCGCUGGUGGCAGUGAACCGCACGCUGGCGGACGUGGAGUUCCUGGUAUCCAACUCCUCGGCCACCCUCAGCCAGGUGGUGCGGGAGGACCUGACCCAGCUGGAGGAGAUCUUCUCCGAGAGGCCCGAGUUCCUCCUGCCGACCCGCAACACCCGGAGGAAGGCGGAGGCCCUGCUCGUCCACCUCCGCGGCCUGCUCUUCGGGAGGGGCCUGGGCUUCCGUCUGCUGGAACUGGCCGAGUGGGGCGACCGUGUCGAGAAAGCCAGGUGGCCCUCCUACCUGGCGCUGCUACUCUCCGACGCCUUCCUCUGCCUCGGCACUCUGCCGCUGCUCGCCGGACGCGCCCGCUGUCCACUGCUCUGGGUCACUGCUCUGGCUGCGCUAGCGCUGGUGCUCAGCUGGCUGUGCCUCGGUGUGGAGUUCGCCGCUGCUCUGGCGCUGAGUGACCUCUGUGUGCAGCCCGAGGUGUACGUCCUCAACACCAGUCAGUGGGAGCAGGUCCUGAGCUCAGAGAUACUGGAAUAUUAUGUCAGGUGUGACGGGACAGUUCCGAACCCCUUUCAGCAGAGGCUGACGCUGUCCCAGAGGGCGAUGAGCGAGAUCCACCACCAGCUCCUGUCCGUGCUGCGAGGGUCCGCCGCCGAGCUGCCGUCCGCACAGCCCAGGCUGCUCUCCGUUCUGCGGGCCCUCAACGCCAGCGAGGGCAUGUUCCACCAUCUCGCCGUCCGCCUGCACUGCCUCAGUUCCCACAAGCACCUGAGGGACGUGUGGACGGGCCUGUGCUGGGACGGACUGGACGGGGUCCUGGGACUCUCCCUCUUCUCCCUCCUCACCUCUGCCUCCCUCUCCCUCCUCGCCGGCUGCCUCCCCCGGGUCUGGGGGGCGCGGACCGCCGGCACCAGGGUUCCCCCGAGGGAGGAGACGGAGCGGACGGAGGAGGAGGAGGAUGUCUUCAGACCCCCCGAGUGGAGCCAGCUGCCGCGCUACCUCAGCAGGCCCCGGCUGCACACCUUCUCCAACUACAGUCGGCCCAGCCUCCGGCCUCCCCCCAACUCCCGGCCCAGGACCCCCACCCUGCACUACAUGUAACUCCCAGUGUCUGUCGCUGGGGGUGGGGGGCGGGGCGCAGUGGGCCACGGGGGGAGACGGUCGCUCUCCUCCCCAGCCCGGACAGGCCUUUUAUCUCAGCGGGACCCCCAGGAUCCACAACCGGGCUCUGGGCAACACCACGGCCAUCAUCGUCACUGGCUGGUUCUGACCGGCCUGUUCCCCUAGUCUCUCUCUCUCUCUCUCUCUCUCACACACACACACACACACACACACACACACACACACACACACACACACACACACACACACACACACACACAGAGGCGGACAGCAGCCAGUCUCUGCGACAGACCGGACCCUAGGAUAGGGUCCCACAGAGCCAAGGGACCCUGGGUCCAGCUGCCUAGGGGGUGGCCCUCAAUGUCCCGCCAGUGUCACCAAGUCUCUUCACCGAUCCACCGGCAGCGGAAACAGAUGAAGGUCGGGAUCAUUGUCCUUCUCGUAUUCCCAAAACCUCCUGAGCCCAACAUCAGGACAGCCAAUCUGGGGUGUCCUUGGGCACGGGGAAGGUGGGCAUCAGCCAAUGGGCAGUCAGUGAUGGAUGGGAAAUGGCUGGUGGUGAUCCGCACCCUGCGGUGGUGACGGAAUGUUGGUUCAGUGUUUCUGGGGUACAUCAGCCCAUGUCUAUGCCCCUCACAAGAGCCCCUCCCGCGGGCUCCCUCCUCACUGCCCCUCCCACAGCGCGGGCUCCCUCCUCACCGCCCCUCCCACGGCGCUCCCUCCUCACUGCCCCUCCCACAGCGCGGGCUCCCUCCCACGGCGCUCCCUCCUCACUGCCCCUCCCACAGCGCAGGCUCCCUCCUCACCGCCCCUCCCACGGCACUCCCUGCCCCUCUCACGGCACUCCCUCCUCCCUGCCCCUCCCACAGCGCGGGCUCCCUCCUCACCGCCCCUCUCACGGCGCUCCCUCCUCACUGCCCCUCCCACAGCGCGGGCUCCCUCCUCACCGCCCCUCCCACGGCACUCCCUGCCACUCUCACGGCGCUCCCUCCUCACUGCCCCUCCCACAGCGCGGGCUCCCUCCUCACUGCCCCUCCCACAGCGCGGGCUCCCUCCUCACCGCCCCUCCCA